CGCCUGCCAGCCUGAGAGCAAGCGGACGAGUGACUACAGCCCAUGCCGCGGCAUACAACCUCGACUCUGUAAUCCAUGCCCUGUCUGUCCUGACCAUUUGGCCGAAACCCUACUUUGACGACAAACCAAGCCGCUACGACUUGCUAGGGUGUGCGUGGCUUACAGUGGUUAUCUAACUCAGCAAUCCGAUCAGAACGUGAAGCCCCGAUCGAACCGAACGCGAGGGCAGGCGAGGGCACUGAGUUCUUCUAAUGACCCAAACGACUUUGCUCCAGUAUGAGGCGCCGUGGCCCGUGUAUGCGCUGGACUGGUGCAAGACCGCCGCCCCAGGCCAGCAACACCGGCCGCGCUCGUCCUUCCGCCUGGGCAUCGGCUCGCUCAGAGACGACUACCAGAAUCGCAUCGCCAUCGUAGGGCUGCAGGACGAGCGCGUGCUCGUGGAGGACGACUACACGGACUACCCCGACUUCCCGAGUGCGGCGGCGAGCUACGCGUGGAGCCAGAAGGCCGCGACGACGGAGCUGCUCGCGACGACAGGAGAUGCGUUGAAGGUGUGGGAAUACUCGUCGGACGGGCCGCAGCAGGUGUCGAGUUAUGUGGGGCGGCCGCCGACGUCAAGUGGGCAUCGGUUGACGCAGAAGAUUGCGCUGUCGGGACAGAGCAAAGUGCAGAACAACCAGACGGGCGCCCCGUUGACCAACUUCUCGUGGAACGAGAAAGCGCCGAGUCUAGUCGUCACGUCGUCCAUCGACACGACGUGCACCGUGUGGAACAUCGACACUUCCACAGCGAUCACGCAGCUCAUCGCGCACGACCGCGAGGUUUACGACGUCGCCUGGCUGCCAGGAUCGACAGACAUCUUCGUGUCCGUCGGCGCGGAUGGCAGUCUGCGUGCGUUCGACUUGCGUAGUCUCGAGCACUCGACGAUUCUCUACGAAACACCGGCACCGAAGAACAUGCCACCGCCAACGGCCUCGCCGUCGUCCUCAGCGCGACCACCAACGUCUCCGUUACUCCGGAUAGCGUUCAACCCCGCGGAUUCGAAUUACAUGUCAACCUUCCAUAUGGACGGCACGGACAUACAGAUCCUCGACAUGCGGAGUCCUGGUCAGCCUGUCAUGGAGAUGAGAGCGCAUCGCGGGCAAAUCAACGCGCUAGGCUGGGGCUCGACAACCAAUCCAUUGCUCGCAUCCGCAGGCGAUGAUUGCCAGCUGCUAUUGUGGGAUCUCAGUCCGUACACAAGCUUCCCCGCGUCCGGACGUCAAAAGCGGAUCGUGGUGGAUCCCGUCAUGGCGUACACGGGCCCAAGCGAGAUCAACAACCUGGCUUGGUCGCCGCAGAUUGCGGGCAUGACCAUGCACUCUGGGCACUCGACCGACCCUGGCGAGUGGAUCGCCCUUGCGAUGGGCAAAACGAUCAAGGCGUUGAAGGUGUAGCGGCUCGGAGAUAGGCAGGAUGGACUUGGUUGCUUGUAGCUAUACGCAUUUGGUUUGUUUCUGCUGCGGUGCGAAUUGCACCCUUCAAAGCAGGUACACUUGGCGGUGCCCGCCUUGGUCGCUCUUGGGACAGUUGUCGUGUACCUGAUUGAUACGCAUACAUUUGGCAAGGACUGUGCUGAAGCCCGCGUCUCGCCUGCGUUUCGCUUCUGCUUAUCUUUGAGAGUGGUCGUGUGCUGCGUUAGGAGCCGCCGGACGGCGUUUCAUGUCAUAUGAACCUGUGAUGCAGCGUG